GCGAAUAGCUACAUAUACACAAUAUGGCGUCUAAAGAUCGCGUAGAUAAUGCGGGAAGCGACAGCGAGGAAGAGGAUAUCUUUCAUGAUGCAAGAUUCCCCGCUGAAGAAGAAGCUCGACUCUUGGAGGAAUCUCAUUCUAUAAAAGCCGAAGCCAAUAAACUGUUUACCGCUGCUUGCUACGACCAGGCGAUCUCCUGCUACGAUCGUGCCCUUGCGUCAUGUCCGAACUAUCUGGAUUACGAAGUCGCCGUGCUACGAAGUAAUAUGGCUGCGUGCUAUCUCAAGCUGGAAGACUGGAAAGCAUCUGUUGACUCCGCAACGGCGUGUCUCGACUGUCUAGAGAAUAUUGUACCAUCGACGACAGAGGAUUCAGACAGCCCCAAAGAAAAGAAACCAGAGCCGGGGUCAACGGAUGCCGUGGUGGAAAUAACUGGGGACGAUGAAGAGGCAGAACUGGAGGAGCUCAAUCGCUUACAAAAAUUAGAUGAGAGGAAAAAGGAUGUCAUGCGGAUCCGCGCAAAGGCACUUAUGCGGCGUGCACGAGCGAAGUCGCAGCUUAGCGGAUGGGGGAACCUGCAAGCGGCCGAAGAAGACUACAAGUUGCUUGCCAGUAUGGACAACCUGCCGCCCGAUGAUAAGCGCGUUGUGCAAAAGGCUCUUCGGGAUCUUCCCGAAAAGAUCAAAAAAGCAAGGGAAAAAGAGAUGGCAGAAAUGAUGGGCAAAUUGAAAGACCUGGGCAACGGAAUCCUUAAGCCGUUUGGGCUCUCUACCGAUAACUUCAAAUUCACCCAGGAUCCAAAUACGGGAGGAUAUAGUAUGAAUUUUCAGAAUUGAUUAGCAACUAAUCUUUGCAUCCCGUCCCAAUGUUCUAUGAGCGUUUUGCAUUGAAUAAGGCGUUUCUUUUUGCGGCAUCAUCGGCCACCCCGAGAGCAAUAGAGGGAAUGGUAUUAUAUUGAAUUAUUACUUAGCCUCAUCCAUGCCAUAGUGGACUUCGA